CUACAAACAAAAACUCGGCAAUCUCUCCACCGCUUCUCUCAGAAGGCCAGAACCCAGCAAAGCACUUGCCCUGUUUCGGCGCGCUGCUUCAGGAAGCGAGUGUUGAUCACACAGGCCCGAGGCAAGAUGGCGCGCAGGCCGGGGGCGGAGGAGGAGAGGCCGUGGGGGCUGGCUGAACACGGGAGGCUGGGGAAACGGAAGGUGGUGGGCGUGGUGGUGCUGGACGGAUGGGGCGAGGCGCCGCCCGACCCCUUCAACUGCAUCCACGUCGCCGACACCCCCACCCUCGACGCCCUCAAGAAGGGUGCUCCGGAGAGGUGGAGGCUGAUCAAAGCUCACGGCACGGCCGUGGGGCUGCCUACGGAUGAUGACAUGGGGAACAGCGAGGUCGGCCACAAUGCGCUUGGAGCCGGCCAGAUAUAUGCCCAGGGUGCAAAACUGGUGGAUUUGGCGCUUGACUCUGGGAAGAUAUAUGAGGGGGAGGGUUUUAAGUACAUCCAGCAGUCUUUUGACACCGGUACUUUGCACCUCAUUGGUUUGCUGAGCGAUGGGGGCGUGCAUUCAAGGAUCGAUCAGCUGCAGCUGCUUCUGAAGGGGGCUAGUGAACAUGGAGCGAAGAGGAUACGGGUUCAUAUCCUUACCGACGGUCGCGACGUAUUGGAUGGAAGCAGUGUCACAUUCGUGGAAACGCUUGAGAAUGAUCUGGCUAAGCUACAGGAGAAGGGUGUUGAUGCAAGGAUUGCAUCUGGUGGAGGCAGGAUGUAUGUUACAAUGGACCGCUAUGAGAAUGAUUGGCAAGUUGUGAAGCGUGGCUGGGAUGCCCAGGUUCUUGGUGAAGCCCCACACAAGUUUCCAAGUGCCCUUGAAGCCGUGAAGAAGCUGAGGGAUGAUGAUCCCAAGGCCAACGACCAGUAUUUACCCCCGUUCGUCGUCGUCGAUGAAAGCGGAAAACCUGUUGGGCCCAUAGUGGAUGGAGACGCUGUUGUGACAUUUAACUUCAGAGCUGAUCGAAUGGUGAUGCUCGCAAAGGCGCUAGAGUACGAGGACUUGGACAAAUUCGACCGUGUCAGAUUCCCGAGGAUUCGCUACGCCGGUAUGCUUCAGUAUGACGGCGAACUAAAGCUCCCAAGUCAUUACCUUGUUGCUCCCCCGGAGAUAGAGAGGACGUCCGGCGAGUACCUGGCGCACAAUGGCGUACGCACCUACGCUUGCAGCGAGACAGUGAAAUUUGGUCAUGUCACCUUUUUCUGGAACGGGAAUCGGUCGGGCUACUUCAACCCAAACCUGGAAAGGUACGAAGAAAUUCCCAGUGACACUGGUAUACCCUUUAAUGUACAGCCAAGAAUGAAGGCCGUGGAAGUUGCAGAGAAGGCACGGGAUGCCAUCCUCAGUGGCAAAUUUGAUCAGGUACGGGUAAACAUCCCGAAUGCAGACAUGGUUGGGCACACAGGUGACCUUGAAGCCACCAUCGCUGGGUGCAAGGCCGCUGAUGAAGCCGUCAAGAUUAUUCUUGACGCCAUUGAACAAGUAGGUGGCAUCUUCGUGGUCACCGCUGACCAUGGCAAUGCCGAGGACAUGGUGAAAAGAGACAAAUCCGGGAAACCGAUUCGCGACAAAGACGGGAAUGUGCAGCCCCUUACCUCACACACACUGAAUCCAGUCCCCAUCGCCAUCGGAGGUCCAGGGCUUGCGCCAGGGGCUACAUUCCGGGAGGACCUUCCGGAUGCCGGGCUCGCUAACGUCGCGGCGACACUCAUCAACCUCCAUGGUUUCGAGGCCCCUCGUCACUAUGAGCCAACUCUCAUCCAAGUCUCGCCGGUUCCCUUCUGAAUCCGUCAUCUGCCGUUCCCCUUCCCUUUCUGUGAUUGGCGCAGCCAUGCUUAUGUCUACCUAGUAAAUAAAUGUCCACCCAUGUACCACCAUUUUCUUUCUUUCUUUGAAUUGAUGUCCACUUCUGUUUCUGAAUCCGUCCGUGUGUGGUGAUACCGUACCCAUAUGUAGUAGGAGUAUCUAUUUUGUGCCUCUUUUUCCUGGGUUUAGGUUUGUUGGGAGAGCGCUUCUGACCUUUGUAAUCAUGCAGCGUUUUCAGGAUGAUUGCUUGGCACGCUCCAAAUUCAGUGAGAAUUAAUUUUUUACGCCAAAUACGUAGCUAAAUGAGAACUUGGAACAA